AGUAAACCUCUCUAUAUAAAGAGAGGAGAUGUAUCAAUCUAAUCAAGCAAGAAUUAAGAAGGAAAUCCCUUCCCUCUUGCCCGGCCGUGGGCAAAAAGGCCCCCGGCCGGCCCUCUCGCGCCCUCCUUCUAGCAGCCACAUGACAUUCAACCUACUGGCGCCACAACCAACUCAGUCGUAGUCACAAAAUAUGUGCCUGCAUCAGGUGCCGCUGGGCCUUCUGUUCUGGUGUCUUUCUCUAAGCGCUUUGCCAUGACCGAGGGAUCUGCAAUAAAACUGAUCCAUGUGGUGUUGUUAAUGAGGCACCAUCGUUUUUAAUUUGGUAGCUCAUUUGCUAGGCAUUAGAGAAAGAUGAAGUCAGAGAUUGGUGUUUUGAAAUUUGCCUCCAAAGAGUGGUUGCCAUAAAUGCCGCUGGCUAUAGAAAAUAACAUAGACAGUGGUAUUAAUACUAGUAGUAAUAAUGGUAGUAGUGGGUUGUUUUCAUCCCAUGUGAUGGUUGUUUGAUUUUGACUUUGCAUAUCAACAAGAUAAUAUUUCUCGUUACUGUGGAACGUAACUGAUCAUAUUGGUGUUAAAGUUAAGUUCACCAUGCUAAUGAAAAUUUGCCUGUUCCUUCAUAUCAUCAUUUCAUUGGCGCUAAGCUUGAUCUUUUCCUUUCAUUGUUACUAUCUGCCAGGUCAAGUGUUCCGUGUAACAUCAUAUGCCAGAUUCUGUUUCAGCAUAUUCUUCUGUAAUGAUUUUAUUGUGUUGAACCAUUUAUUCCGCAGAUGAUCAAUGUUUCAGUUCUGGAUCAUUCAAAUAUUCUGUUACAAUCAGUUCUUAAUUUCUUGUGGAAUUAACUUUGCACAUCUGACCUUUUGCUCGUAGAGAGAUUAGAUUAUAAUAUGAAUCUGUUAUGUCCUAAGAAUCUGUGUUGUUGUUCCAAUUCUUUCGCCGUUCAAAUAUCUUUUUUACAGCACAAAGAUUCUCUUAUGAAAAGAUUGCAUGGUGUUUGAAGAUAUUAUGCAUACUGCAAAGCCCUUCUGCAACUUGAUUUUAUCAAGUGGAAUAGUAAUCCUGAAGAAGUUUUAAAACGGAUCAAAGAGUCAACUAGAUGGUCUGAUGUGCUGAAUGAUUAUGAGCUACAACGUGGUCUAGAGGGUCAUAUGAAAUUUUUAAGGAUGCAUGUGAGUAAAUUGGACAUAACUUCCACAAGCAGCAGCAUGACUGAGUUUGAUAAGGUAGCUUUGGAGGAGGACAUCAACUCUCGUAUGAGUUCAGAAUUAGAGAAGCAUCUACAAUUCCCUGACCAGUUGCUCAUGCGAGAAUAUUUCAAUCGUGUGAAAAUAAGGAACCUUGCCAGGGAGUGUUGUAUUCAAGCAAAAAAGACUGGAGUCAUUCUUGUCGAAGAGUUUCUACCCGUACGAAAUUUGGAAGAACAGAUGUUACCCAAAAGUUGGCCCCAGAAUUUUGGACAACAGCUGUUACCCAGAAAUUUGCCCCAGAUGAAAAAGAGAGUUAAGCAGUCACUUGACUCAACCAGGGCUUACCUGCAUCGACAGGGCGCUACUCGUGCUAGCGGUUUGAAGUAUGUGGUUGGUGCAGUUUCUCUUGCUUGUAUCAUCAUGGCUGGCCAACGCGAGAGUAAGUAAGACUGUCAACUGCAUCCAUGGUUGGCCUUUGCCCCCCAAAAAAAAAGGUUGGCCUUUGGAUAGACAGUAAUUUGUGUAUAAAUAAUGUUGUACUCGUGUUUGAAGCAUGUUUGUCUUACUAUGCAUUACAGAUGAUAUUUAACAUGUGGUAUUUGUUCAUCUGUUGAGCCGUUUGCUUCAGGAUAAGUUCCAUUGACCUCUAUCUUGAUGGUGUCAGCGCGAAUGGGCGGAGCCCCGACCAUAGUUGAAAUAGGUGUCCGUCUCUAGCUCCUGAACCAGUCUCAUUGAUGCCCAACGUGAUGGAGCCGGACCGGAGACACCUGUAUUUUUAUUUUGUCAAAAAACUGAGUCUAUUAUCCAGAAGGCUAAGCUCAGGCCCUUCUCUAGCAUGGUUAGGAAAUAAACCUUUUUUUUUUGUUUUUUAGUAAACAGAUUUGGUGCUUAUUGUAAGAGAAAAUUAAACUGUAAGCAUAUUUUGGGGAAAUGAGGUUUAGCCA